AUGGCCUCGUCUACGGGAAAUAUUGAACGGGUUCUGAUCGAGCUGCGACCAAGGCUGCAGAGUGCCAACUUUUUCAUCUCCUUUCGACGCCGUUUUGCUGAAAUCGAAUCCACUACCAUUGACUUGGCGAAUGAUCGUCUGACGAUCGGGGUGAAGGGUGAGCGUGAGAAGUACGAACUGCGCGUUGGAGAUUUUUUUAAGCUACACACCCAAACAUUAAGCUCGCUGGUGAUCAAAAAUCGAUAUCUUUGCUUUCGGGUAAACACGAACGAAAGUGACUUCGGAUCGGAGCUGCUUCAGCAGGGAGGUAGAUUUCUUACGACCGGGGACCUUCAGAGUGAAGAUAUUCCACGAUUGCACUGCAACAUCGAAACUGGCAAGCGGUACCGGGUGCUAUGCAGUAACUGUCGAGGGCCGUUAGAUGCCGCAGAAGGUACGGCGUUAAAACGUGUCUUGGAGCUACCUUCCGAGCAGAUGGACAGUGACGAAUGGUUCUGUCAUCGACACGAUCACCAGCACGGAUCGGAAGGCGCAGGGCAGCCAUCAAGCCAACCGGUUGAUGAUGUGUACGCUUCGAAGCUGGAGCCACAGCAGUACGAUCUAUUAUACGGAACCUUCUACGCUCUGCUACAUCGCUCCGUAUUGCAGGCGGUUCACGUGCGCCACGAACGCUUUCUGCACUGCAAACGGUGUCUGCAGUACCUCGGAUCGAUUCGCAAGAAUCGCCCCUGCGUGAAACUAUGGUACGAGUUCAUCCGUUUCCAGCAGAUGGACGACGAACGGCUGACCAUGGCGCUGUUCCAGAUGGACAAUUCGCUUGAAUUGUUUCGGCUCUUAGUGCACAAAACAGUGCGAGAGUUCAACUUUGCGCUGCCCCCGAUGUUUAAGUUGAUGUUCGAAAUGAGACGUCCCGGACUGAACGGGGACGUGUUUUACUUGCUGCUGCAAAUCAUGGACAGUCAGUUGAGCGUUUUUCGAAUUGAUCAGAAGCGCAUCGACGCUGGCGGAUCGGGAUCGUGCUCGGAUGAUGUUGACGAUGAUCGCCGGUCGGAUGGAGCUACGGAUGGCGAUGAGUCGAAAGCGAAGGAGCGAGACUCUCACAGCAGAACGGGCGAGAACCACGUUAGCAAUGGUGGUGCUGAGAAUGAUGACGACGAUGACGAUGUUUUCAUAGAAACCCGAUGCCAAAGACACAAUAUCCACCUAGAACGUCAACGUGCGAUGAAGCUCUUGUAUCGCUACGAGAAGUACGAACAGCAGCCAUUGUUCACCUUCUGGCGCGAAGACAGCAACGUGGUUAGCGUGGAAAUCUCGGAACCGAUGUUUACCGCCGCGAUACAUUACCUGGAUUCGAACUCAAGCUACGUACCGGAGUGUUAUCGCGUUAAUUUGGGAUUUACUUUAAGUUAUCUAGACAUAACCUAGAACGCUGGCCGAUCUCUGGAGAGUGUUGUUGGGUUAUGCUUGAGUGGAAGAUGUACAUG